GCCAGGGUUGGCGCGCACUUUCUGUGGGGCUAGCAAGCCAGGAGGUUUUCGUGCCGCCGUCAUGGUUCGUACCCUAAACUGCAUCGUUGCUGUGUCCCAGAACAUGGGCAUCGGCAAGAACGGAGACCUGCCUUGGCCCCCGCUCAGGAAUGAAUUCAAGUAUUUCCAGAGAAUGACCACAACCUCUUCAGUAGAAGGUAAACAGAAUUUGGUGAUUAUGGGUAGGAAGACCUGGUUCUCCAUUCCUGAGAAGCAGCGACCUUUAAAGAACAGGAUUAAUUUAGUUCUCAGUAGAGAACUAAAGGAACCUCCAAAAGGAGCUCAUUUUCUUGCCAGAAAUCUGGAUGAUGCCUUAAAACUUAUUGAGGAACCAGAAUUAGCAAAUAAAGUGAACAUGGUUUGGAUAGUGGGAGGCAGUUCCGUUUAUAAGGAAGCCAUGGACAAGCCAGGCCAUCUUAGACUGUUUGUGACAAGGAUCAUGCAGGAAUUUGAAAGUGACACAUUUUUUCCAGAAAUUGAUUUGAAGAAAUAUAAACUUCUCCCAGAAUACCCAGGCGUUCUUUCUGAUGUUCAGGAGGAGAAAGGCAUUAAGUACAAAUUUGAAGUAUAUGAAAAGAACAAGUAAUGUGAAGGUGUUUUCUGCUUCAUCUCAAGUUGUUCCCCAUCCCCUCCAAACAAUUAAUGUAUUUAACAUUAGAGAAAGAGACUUCUGUUGACUCUAGAUCUAUGGAUAAUUAUUUCUAAGCAUUGUGUUUUUAUUAAUUAGUCUUAAUCUUAACUAGAUUUGGUUAACACUGAUCUUAACUGUGCUAAAUCAGAUACCAUUUGUGAAACAUCUGUUGCUGUAACUGUCUAAAUGUCCAUCAAGGGCAAGGAUUGGGUCCCCAGCAUCUGCCUAAGGUAACAUACUAAGACACCACAGUGGGAGAGUUUCCUGAUAUUGUGAGUUGCAAUCCAGGCCUAUAAACAUCGAAGCUAGACAAAUUUGUCCAAAUGUCAGAAAUGGAUUAUAAUCAGAAGAGUUCAAACUCAGAUAUUAAAAGAAAAGUAGAUCACCCUUGCUAGUUUGGCUCAGCAGUUAGAGCAUCGGCCAGUGGAC